AUAUCGAAUGUUAGCAAUUCCUGCGGGUAUAAUAACACUAUAAUAAUUUUAUUGUGUCAUUAUUUUUAAUAUAUCUUGGUGAUUUAGUAUAAAGGAACGAAAUGGAUAAUCCACUUACACCUAAUAAAAUUCAAAGACUUAUACAUUUGGCUGAAGAUAAAUCAUUCACCAUCCCGAGACGAUUAUUGCUCAAUGACGGGGAUCUAGAGCGACUUGCAUCCCAUCAACUGGCUCAGGAUACAUCCUGUAAUAAAGAGACAUCAUCAGGCAUCUUAGAUUUGGAGAAAGUUGAAGGUUUUGGAGAUUCAGGUGUCAGUAACCUAUCAUUAAGCAAAUCGACCGCUUUCAAUCCUGGUGAAAUGACGGGACGAUCAACUGGCACUGAAGGAGUGGAGUCUAAUGUGGAUCAGAAGUCAAUGGGUUUAAGUGUGCCUCAGAUGUGUGAAGAGUAUCAUCGACAUUCCCUGGCCAUCGACAGUAUCACCAAUGAAAUGAAUAGACAAACAAUUGAAAUAAACAAUAUAAUGAGACACUCAAUUGCUACUAAUUAUUCAUUCCAUUCAAAGAGAGAUUUAACUGCAGAUGAGGUGUCAUUAGUGAUGAGAGAAGCGCCACUGCCCGUAGUACAACAACAGCAGGCGCAUUUUGUGGAGAGUAUGUCUAUGAACAAUUCAAAUCAAUCUGUUGGAGCUUAUUUCAAGAAUAGAUGUCCGGAAUUUGGUAGAAUCCUGGAAAAAACUGACAGCCCAGAUAGGUCUAUGAGACCUAGUAUUUCUGAUGUAUCAAACAACACACCAUUGGAUCCAAUAGCAAAAUCUACGAACAUCUACAAAAUGAACCAAACAUUAGACAGCGUACCAGUGAAAUUACCACGUACAACAAACGUUGAGAAACCACCUCCACAUGAGUUUAUUAAUAAUCUAAACAAUACCAAGACAUUGGAGAAGCUUAGCAAUUAUAAUACUGCUAAAAUAAUCAAUCACAGUACAUGUAGCAUCAAAGCAGAGAAAAAGUUUGAUAAUGUGGCUGAUAUACAAAAUAAUGUACCUAUGACUUCCAACAUGUCCCUAAACCUUGAUGCUAGUCAUAAACCAUUAAUGAACUCAACUGCCAAACCUACAGAUAUUCUGUUAAGAAAUCUCCAGUCCUCGUUACGUUUAGCAACUGAGGAUACUGAAAGCUCUGUUGAUAAUUCAUUCAGUAUUUCAAAAAUAGCAGAUUAUCUAGGAAAACAAUCUAAUAUAAGUAUUACAGACUUGUUGCGACUGAACAAACAUAAAGAAAAUAUGAACAAAAAGCAACCACUCACUGAGCUACAUAUGAAUGCACUGGAGAAUAGAAUGAAUAGAGAUGUUCAGCCCACCCUUUUAAAGGAUACCAAAAAUAUGGCUGCCGCCAGUUCAGCUGGAAGUGUCGAUACCGUUAUAUGUGUUGACAAGUUAAAUAUCGAUAAGGAAUCCAUUCCUGCAUUAGUUGUGACCCAAGUUCAUGCCAAUGAUAUAGAAAAUAUUGGAACAGAAAAUGUUAAAGAGAAACGAAGCUCAACAAGAUCAAAGUCGCCAUCCAGUAAGAGUCAGUCCACUCUUAGUACUGUCCAAGAAAACUAUGUAAGCUUCAAAUCAAAUGAUAGCCCAGUCCAAACAAGUAAAGGCGAAACUAAUACAUCUCAUGUACCCUCCCCAAAUGUUGAAUAUAAAGAGUUAGAUAAAUCUGUAAAUUGGCACGAGAUGUUACAACAUACGCACUUGAAAUCCGACUAUUUGGCUAAAGAACAAUGGGCGGAAAUAUUAACAACAGCGACCAAUGGAUUUGUAGGAGUGAGUUGUCCUGUUAUUAUAACAAUAACAACACUCACAGAUAGUUGGUUGACAGCAAAGUUUCAGUUUGAUGAAUUACCAAAUAAUGGAAAAGAUCUUUCUAUAGAAGCGCCUCGUUUCCCAUUACUGCUGUCUCCAGGCAAAUCGGAACAAUUUACAUUGCAGUUGAUGUCUAGUGUCGAAAUGAAUGUCUCUAUUCCAUUCACGAUAUUUUUAAAAGAUGCUUCAAUAGAGGAUGACUGCGAACAAAAAGGAAACAUACAAAUUAAUAUAAAAAUGCCCAUGAUACAGGCUAUGUCUAGUGAUGGUUUAAAUAAAGUUGUAUUUUCACCAACACAAGAGAAAUCAUCGCUUACAAGACUGUUUGUGGUAAUGAGCGAUUGUUCAGAAGAUCUGCAGUUAGAUUUAACAGUUUUUGAAGGUGAUAGCAUGUUUUUGAUUAAAAAUGUACAAGAAAUAAAGAAAUGUGAUAUCAAUAAAGUACUUAUGGAUCAUCCAACGGGCGUGGAAGACGUACAGCAACCUGGAAAAAUUAAAUCCAAAGCUCUAAAUAAACAACUGUGUAGAUUAACAAGAGGCAACGCAAUUAAGGUUACAAUUACGUUCAUGGCGCCUUCAUUAUCGGAAAUACAAUUGAAAGAUUCCGUGGCUACAUUCCAUGGGGCACUAAAUGUACAUCUGAUCGGUAUUAAAACGGUUUUGAGGAAAGUGGACCUUAUUGCAACUGUGGGAUCGGUCAACUUAGUUGUAAAUAACUUGACCAGUAACAAACUGCAACUCAGUCAUGCAAUGACUACUAUCAACGUAUCCAAUACAGGAUCAAUAUCGGGUACAUGGAUAGUCAAAUUUAAGAGCGACAGUAAUAGUACUUUUCCUUUCAAAAUUACACCAUCCAAGUUUGAUUUACAACCUAGCAGCUCCACAUCUAUAAAUAUGUUUUACACUGGAGCUGCUGACUGUGUGACUGAUGCAAUAGUUAUAUUUGAAGAUGUUGUUACUGGUAAAAAAACAACCAUGGACAUUACCGGUGGCAUAGAGAAACCAAAAUCAUUCCCGAUUAAAACUAACUACAAUAUUAUGUCUUGGGUACGCGCCGGUCGCAAGGAAUUGAGUUUAAAAAAUUCCACAAAUAAAAAAGUGUACAUAAAAUGCCAAAUAGUAGGUGAAGGUUUUUCGAUAGAUAUGCCCGGUGUGGAGUCACGAGGCAGUUACAUAUUAUCUUUUGGGCCCAACGAAUGCAGACCAUUAUCUGUCAUUUUUACGCCAAAUUCCACGUUGCCCCAUGCAGCAACAUUAUAUUUAGUGUUCGAUAAGAACAGCGAUUUUACACGAAAGGUGGCGCUGUGCGCGUGCGCGGGCGGCGAGGGCGCGUGGUGGCGCGGGCCGGUGACGUGCGGCCACACGGCGCUGGUGCGCGCCGCCGCCGGCGCCUCCGUCGCGCUGCCGCUCUACAACCGCGCCGCCGCGCCCGCGUUCGUGCUCGCCAAGGUGCAUUUCAACUUGCAAUUCACGUGCGCGGCGCAGAGCGCGCGACUGGAGGGCGCGGCGGCGGUGGUGCGGGCGCGCGGCGGACACGUGGUGACGCUGGCGCUGCCGCCGUCGCUGUGGCCGCGCCUCGAGCGACGCGCACGUGACGCCGCCACCACCGCCACGCUCGCCACACUCACGCUGCUCACCGGCGCAGAGACCACGCGGCGGCGCAUACUCAAAGUUCUAAGAGAUGAGGGACAGAAUGGGGAGCUGAAUAUUUCACUGUUACCAGAGCACCUACGGUCACUGGCUGGUCAGUUUGAAGGGGAGGACCCUACUUUAGAUAAUUACUUAGCAGAUUUCAAGGAAACCAAGUCAUCUCUCGACGAAUUGAUAGGUGGUCUCCAAGAAUUGACGGCACAAAUCGACUUACCUCAAGACUUCGCCGAUGAGAAUACAAUCAUCAUCUGUGACGACUCUAUGAUAGAACAUCAUACGCUUUAUGAUUAAGUUUAAAGUAUUUAUAUUAAAUUUAGCAUUAUUAUUAGUCAAAGCCUUGUACAUUUUUAUUCCAUAUAGUUUUUAUUGUUACUGUAGGAUUGGCAUUCGAAAACUUAACAAGAGUUUAAAAAAAGUUUCUUUUUCUCCUGCUCUUUAUUAAAUUCUAAUACUGCAAUAGCAUGACGUAUAUUUAAAACAAAAUACUACGCCGGUUGUGAAAUAACAAGAAUAUUCAAGAUAAUAGUAAAUUGCUGGUCAGUUCUAUUUUAUUUUAACUAUGUUAUCCAGAAGUAAUAUAUUAUAAGUGGGCAAUAGACUCCGUCAAUAAUAUCCUCGAUUAGUGUUCGAUAUUAGAUAUUUUAUGGACUUUAUUUUAUAAUGAUGAUAUGAUUUUUUAAUUUACGCUGCAGUGAUUUGUUUCUAUUUAUAAGAAUAAAAUUAAAUAUAUGUGCUGUAAUAAGUUUAUUAUAUUUUAUCGAGUUCCAUUUCAUUACAUUGUGGAUUUCUAUUUUGUUUAAUUCUACUAUCAUCACUAUGUGUGAGAUCAGAAAUACUCAGUGCAAAUAUUACACUACAAAUAUUGCAAUGGCGGUUUUCAGGUUUUUGCACUGAAACUUUUUGGUGUUUUACACAUGCCAAUGGUAUUUAUACAUGGAAUUAAAACAAAAUAAUACAAAUACAUAAAUUUUAUAUAUUAAGCACAGCACCCUUAUUUUAUGUUAAUCACUAUAUUUCGUGUCAGUGUUAAUUUAUUCCGUCCAUUAUAGGAAUACAUACAUUGUGAAAAAUUGCAAUGUAAAAUUUCCUUCUUUCUUAUUAAAAAAAUAAAAAGCAAUUAUAAUUUAUAUCAUUUAUUAUUUUCUUAACCAGUAUAUUUACUCCAAUCGUUUUCCUAUUUUUUUUAAUCAUUGUAUCUAAGAGAUUCGUCUGUCGUCGAAUUAUCCAUUAGAAAUUUUAUGACCAUUAAAAAUAUUGCCUACAACUUAUAAAACUAAAAUGCAUUUCCAUUUAUAAUAAUGUCAUUCAACACGGCAAAAUGAUAUCCAUUCAUAUAUAUAUAUUUAUACACAGACUAAAUGGUGGACUUUAAAAGAUUAAUUUUUCUAAUAUGUAUUCAAAUCUUUUACUAUAAACCCCUUUUUAGGACACAUGUAAAAGAUACAGAAUAAUAAGCUAUACAAGAAAAUCGUUGAAAUAAAGUUUGGUGUUUCAGAGGGGUUUAUUGUAAAAGAUCGAAUCAAAAACACAUAGAGCUUGGUGUAUAUUAUCAUGAUUAUAUCCUCUUAUACAACAAAAAUAUUCUUUUUAACGCACAACGCACAAAAUACGUAUCACACGAACACGCUGUCACUACUUGCAUACUUCACGCGUUCGCACUCGCUCGCACAUCCACACGCCUCGCAUUUGGCAGUUUAUCAAAUUCAUUCUUACAAUAAUGUUAAUAUUCACGUUAAAAUCACUCACAGUACAAAAUGCAAUGCGACUCAAUUCACCGCCGUCAACUGAAACUUAUUCGAGUAAAAAAUACAAUAUAUAUAUGAGACGAGCGAUAGAACGUGAAUGCCAACAUUGUACAAAAGUGAACUCCACACGGGAUGUCUACUUUGCCGUACAAUCUACAUAUGAAAAAUCUUAUUAAAAUGGAAGUACUUACACAUCUUUAUAAGGUUAACAUACAACUAAUUUGGGUCAAAAUGGCUGACGAUUCGAUUAGAACAGUGCUUUGAAAAUACUAUCUUCAUUAAAUUAUUGCAUUUAUACCUAUUAGUCUAAAAGUCGCAAAAGAAGACAACGAGGAGAUAUUAAUUUGCAAUAUAUCCAUCUAAUAUAUAUACUAAGUUUUAGAAAUGUACAGCUAAAAUAAUCCCCGGAUGACACGUUCACUUGCGGAUAAAGUGCGCAUAGUCAUAUUUAUAUACAUAAUAACACACUCACACGUUUUUACAUUAGGAAUUAGACAUACUAAACUAAAAAAAUAAACCAGUCACUUAAUGAGCUAUAAAAUAGUAUGUAAGAUUGCCAACGAUACACUGGCCUAGUGUGCGAUAAGCGAAUCGUCGUCGAUCGCAUCGCUAUUGUUAUAAGAACAAUGACAUCUCUAAUAAUAUAGUUAUAAUUGCCGAGGCUCGUGAGUUAGUCGCUGUUGUUCAUUUUAAAUUAUUUCUUAACAAGUAAAAUACUUUCUCUGCGUAAACUAUCACAUCUAGUCGAAACAGAGAUCGUAUUUCGUAAGAGAUCAAUAUGGCUUUAAACACGUGCGGUUCGCAUUAGAGUUGAUCAAUGUUAACAUAAGUAUUAGCAAUAGAAUGCCACAUCUAACUUAUAAUUAUAGUGCCGUAAAUAAAUCGCUCAUAACUGUUAGGUAACGAAAUAGGUUCAUACUCGCCCACCACUGAACGAUGCCAGCUGUCUGAUUCAGCUCGGCAGAGUCACAACACUCAAUAAUAAAUUGAAUAAUUUAGACAUCGGUGCAACACAGGUAAAUGGAUUAGAAAAUAAUUAUAUGCAUUAGGUACAAUUCAGUUACAAUGGGCUAAUUUCAAUUUGUCAUUAAAGUAUAAUUAUCACAGAUAUUUAAAUAAAAGUAAAGUAUUCAUGUCGUUGAUAUUUAAUUGGAAUUGUUGCAGUGUGUCUCGAAAUAAUUACACCUAAAAUGGUCACCGAUUGAUAUCGGAGCAUGCAUAUCUCGUGUCGUGUAUUGUAAGCUAGUUUCUCGCUAUGUAUCCAGUACCUUUAACGCGAUUUAGCUUCGAGGACUGACUUCGAUUUUGUAAUACUUUUCAACUGAAGGCGUCGAAUAAAAACGUCACCGUGUGAGACGAAGAGUUAUUCGAGUCACUAUGUACGAUUGCAACUGCAAUUACUUCGCCCCCAUGCGCUUCUUUAGAA